AGCCCAGCAUCUCGAGAAUACGCUGGGCCCGCAGAUUCUCGAGUUCAUAAAACGCCACUCCGUCCCCCGCACGCACGCACAUACGUAUCUCGCAAAGUAUCCAACUCAAUUUCAAAAUGUCGUCGUACGACUCCAACAAAUCCAAUUACCUCCAUACCCACUACCAGCAACACCCCCAAGCACCGCCCUACCCCACGACUCCCAACGUGCCCACAUCGCAAAACUACUUUUCGCAAAUGCCCCAGCAACAAUCUCAGCAAAUGUACUCGUCCUCACCUCCCUACACGCAACCUUCAUUCCCCCACCAACCAUCGCAACACCAACAAACUCGCCAUACGCGCCGCACAUCCUCGACAUCCUCGCUGUCGCACAGCUACCCGCCACCCCCUGGACCCCCUCCAGCCUCGCACUCGGGCCAGCAACCAAUGGGCAUCCCAAUCCACCAGCCCACCCCACAGCAAUACCAUCCCUACGCCUCUUCCUACCCUCCUCCUCCUGCUCCACCAGCGACCAAGUACACUCCAUACACGCGCUCAAUGUCGACGUAUAGCCAGCAUGAUGAGGAUGGGCACGGCAGCAGGUAUGGGCAUGGGCAUGGGCAUGGGAAUAGAGAUGAAAGUGGGGAGUUGGAUUCAGAGACGGAAAGAGAGUAUAAGCGACGAUAUGCGAGGGAGAAGAGGGCGGAGAGACGGCCGACAAUGGGGGGCAGUUUGUUGAGUAUGGUUGAUGCGGUGGGGAAGGCGUUUGGGGCGGGGAGGCAUUGAGAAUGUUAGAUGUUUGUGUGUCUGUGUGGAAUUUGAUACCCAAUGACGUUUUUCCUCGUGUUUUCUUUGUAUUACAAUCACCAAGUAUACGAUUUGAAUACCCCAUGUCAAUAUCAACACAUCCUCCUUUUU